CUAGCUUAUGUCAAAACAAAAUAAAUCCCAAAUAUACCUACCUAGUUUUCUUCGCUGGUUACGCUAUUACUUGUAGUAAAUAUAGGUAUUUCAUUUUGAGGCUUGAUUUACAAUCAAAUAUUAUAUGCACGUGUAUCUUCAUUGAGUGCUACUAUAAUGAGAUUUUUUUGUUAACCUCAAACAGGUCCGGUAGCUUACGUGUUUACAAGAUGCUUAGAUCUGUCGUGAGAUUGACUCCAACGUUUAUAAUCCCAAUUUUCAAAAAUCGCAACGAAAAUGACUAUGUCUCAAAUUCUACACAACCUGUUGUUUCGAAGACAGGUUGGGAGCGAGUGAAAAAGAUGUAUUCUAGAGAUGAGUUUGAAGUAAUCUCUGUGGAAUUAAACAGUGUUGUACAAGCCUCAUUAGCCGGGGCCUUUAUAGGAGCAUGUAUGGGAGGUUUUGUUUCUUCCCGGCAAGCAUAUCUGUAUUUUAUUGAGAACAAUCAAGCAACAAUCUUUAAGUCAACAAUGGAAGCAAAGAAAAAACUACAGGAUAAGGUUACAAUAGGCUUUGCACAUGGUGCUGUUCGUUGGGGAUGGAGGCUGAGCCUUUUCACUGGAAUGUUCAGCUUAAUAGCCACUACAAUCUCGGUCUAUAGGGAUGAUACAUCUCUAACGCAAUUUAUUACGGCUGGAGCACUUACGGGGGGAAUUUAUAAGCUUCAUUUAGGCACUGCUGCCACCUUCGUCGGAGCUGGUUUAGGUGCAGCACUAAGUGCUGUGUUUGGAGGAGCUAUCCUGGGAGUUCUAUAUCUAUCUGGAUUUUCAAUGCAAGACAUUAGGCAAUCAUUGUAUAGAAUAAAAUUAGCAAGAGAAGACCAAUACAAUCAGGUUUUAGAAAAUGCAGCUACAAUAAAAAAUGAUGAACUGACAAAACACCAUGAUAAAUUAGUACAAGAAAAAGGGCAGAUAACGGUUGAAAAUAUUGAAUAGAUUGUGCACUGUAUAAUUGGAUUGUUUAUACACAAUAGGUAUUUCAUCAUAAUCAGCCACAGCAAGACAUAUUUGUUGGCGCUUUAAAUAACGCCAAUUGAAGGUUUAUUCAUUAUUAUAACGUGGUAUCAGUCAACAUGUCUAGUUUAGACGUGUUGUGGACUUUCCACGUUUACGUGAAGGCACGUUAUAGCUAGAAAAAAAAAACGUGCAUGGAGAAUUGUCGAGUAUCUGUCAUCCUCUUCUCAUACUGUAUCCAUAAAUACUUUAAAUUAUUUUUAUAGAGAAUAAUGUAAAUAUGUAGUUUGUAGUUAAAUAUAUAAUUAUAAAUUAUAAAA